AGCAAUAGUAUGAUACCGCCUUAUCUUCAUAUAAAAUUUGGUAAUACGUCUGAUCACAAGACGUAAAAAGCUUGUUUCGUCGAAUGCAUUCAAAACUCCCGCAAAUUUGAACUAACACUUGCAUAAAUCGGCUCCAAAUCCCUGCUCACUCCACCACCUCCUAUGCUGCCGUACAACUCGCUGGACGAGGCGGCGGUCUCUCUUGGCCGCAACCUCACCUUCGCCGAGACAUUGUGGUUCAAUUACUCCGCAAACAAGUCCGAUUACUUCCUUUACUGCCAUAACAUUCUCUUCAUGUUUUUAAUCUAUUCUACUGUGCCUCUGCCUUAUGUUUUAGUCGAGUUAAUGAGAUCUGCUGGGUUCGAAAAGUAUAAGAUUCAGCCCAAGGUUAAGCUGUCGUCCUCCGAGACGUUCAAAUGCUACAAAGAUGUCAUGCGCAUGUCUUUUCUCGUUGUAGGUCCCUUGCAAUUGCUCUCAUACCCCUCUGUCAAGAUGAUCGGUAUUCGGACAAGUUUGCCAUUGCCGUCUGGAUGGGAAAUUUUUCUACAAUUGUUGGUGUAUUUCAUAGUGGAGGACUAUACCAAUUAUUGGAUCCACAGGUUUCUGCACGGGAAAUGGGGCUAUGAGAAAAUUCACCGAGUUCACCAUGAGUAUACUGCUCCCAUUGCUUUUGCUGCUUCAUAUGCACACUGGGCUGAAAUUUUAAUCCUGGGACUUCCUUCUUUCCUUGGGCCAGCAAUAGUUCCCGGGCACAUGAUCACAUUUUGGUUGUGGUUUGUUUUGCGGCAGAUUGAGGCAAUUGAGACACACAGCGGGUAUGAUUUCCCUUGGACUCCCACAAAAUAUAUUCCGUUUUAUGGUGGGGCAGAGUACCAUGAUUACCACCAUUACGUUGGAAGACAGAGUCAAAGCAACUUUGCUUCAAUGUUCACCUACUGUGACUUUAUUUAUGGAACUGACAAGGGCUAUCGGUAUCAAAAGAAGCUACUUGGAAAGUUGAAAGAGGGAUUGAAAAGUGAUGGUGAACAGAAUGGAGGCUCAGACUUACCUAUACAAGAUCUUAAAUCUGAGUAGCCAUGGGACUGCAGAACUUUCAGAACAAUGAUCUUAGGGUGCAUCUCGUAUAAACCUCUAUAUUCAGGUUGACGUCAAUGUGCUACUCCUGGCAGAUGCAGCUUAACGCACUUCGUCUGUAGCAUGAGGGAGUUAAGUUUCAAAUUUGGGGUUUUGUUAAUGAAGUUCAGUGGAUUGGGGUAAUUUAAGAUUUUAGUUGUUGUUUAGCUUUUGUUGAAAAUCCAAAUGUAUAAAAUGCUACAACUUUAUGUUUGCUCCUGUAACUUAAGAUGAUAUAUUCGUUCUAUCUGUUCUUGGAGGAAAAGCUACAUCUUUGUCAAAUUUCAUAUAUUGGAGACUAGUAGUUCUUUUUUUAAUCAGA